GGCGGUCUUUGACGGUUGGGUAGGCGAAGGAGGACUUUUGGGAGGCGCGGAGGGCGUCGAUGGCGGGAGGGAAUGGGGGGAGGAGGGGGUUGUCGGAGGAGGAGGAGGAGGAGUCUGCGGACAUCUUGAGAAGGCAGUAUGUGCAACGGGAGCGUACGGAGUGUGCCGAGGGGGAUGGGAGAGAGAGCGAGAAAAAAGCACACUUGGGGCAAAGUGAACACCUCGUCUCAGAGUCGUCUGCCCCUCCUCCAAGUUCCAUCCCGCAACCAUCUUGAAAAACCGACAACCAGCAAGGAAUAUCGACAAGCGGCCUUCGGGACACACGCUUCUGGCCCUCGUCUCCUUACGUGCGGGGAAGCCCCUCCUGUGAUACUCGAUAUGCGUCGAACAGCUCUCGCAACAGGCCGUAGGCUGCACUCAGCACACCUGUCAACUCGGCGACCUCAACCAAGUCAUCUUGACCGUGUCCCGCCACUUUCCUCAAGCUUAUUCUCCCGCACUCCCAAACGAGCCCUAUACUCAACCCCCAACACCAACGCAGACUCACCCCGCUUCCCCUGCGUCGAACGAAACCAAGAACGCGAACGCUCCCUAGACGGCGGGCCCGAACCUGCCUACGAGAACGUCGUGUCCGGCUACAAGACCUUCCACUACCCGCACCCCUUCACCUUCGUCCACGGGGGCAGCCUCCCUUCCUUCAACAUCGCCUACGAAACAUGGGGCACCCUCAACGAGUCCAAAUCGAACGCCAUUCUCCUUCAUACAGGUUUGAGCGCCAGCAGCCACGCAAAGAGCCACGCGCGGAAUACGAACGAUGGGUGGUGGGAGAAGUUCAUUGGGCCUGGAUUGGCGAUUGAUACCGACAAGUUCUUUGUGAUUUGCACAAAUGUGCUUGGAGGGUGUUACGGGACAACCGGCCCGCAUAGCGUCGACCCAUCACGGCCGGGGCAGGAGCGCUACGGGACGCGGUUCCCCAUCAUCACAAUCUGGGAUAUGGUGCGCGCGCAGUUCAAGCUGCUGGACGCACUAGGGAUCCGGAAACUGCACGCCAGCGUCGGCGCCUCAAUGGGCGGCAUGCAAUCCCUCGCCGUCGCGGCCCUCCGUCCCGAUCGCGUAGGGAGGGUGGUCAGCAUCUCCGCCGCGGCGCGCUCCCACCCGUACUCCAUCGCCCUCCGACAUACGCAGCGCUCCGUCCUCAUGUCCGACCCGAACUGGAAACAGGGGUUCUAUUACGACUCCGUUCCGCCGCAUGUGGGGAUGAAACUUGCGCGACAGAUCGCGACCAUUAGCUACCGAUCGGGUCCCGAAUGGGAGCAGAGGUUCGGUACCAAACGCGCGAAACCGGACGAACCGCCGGCUCUUUGUGCGGAUUUCCUCAUCGAGACGUAUUUGGACCAUCAAGGGGAGAGGUUCUGCUUGCAGUAUGAUCCGAACUCGUUGUUGUAUAUCUCUAAAGCAAUGGAUAUGUUUGACAUGUCCCUCCUCCCCACCCUCCUCACCCCCGACGAAUGCCUCGCCGCACCCUCCUCCCCCUCUCCCGUCCCCUCCUCCUCCACCACCUCUCCGUCCCCGCUAACGCGCGCCCUAACCCGCCUGCAAAUGCCCACCCUAGUUCUCGGCGUGCAAUCCGACAUCCUCUUCCCGCACUGGCAACAAAAAGAGAUUGCAGCCUGCCUGAAAGACGCCGGGAACGCCCACGUGACGUAUUACGAGCUGGAUGCGCUGUAUGGGCAUGAUACGUUCUUGAUUGAUGUGAAUGGGAUUGGGGGGGCUGUUAAGGGGCAUUUGGAGUUGGCUUGAGGGGAGGGGUGUGUGGGCAGUCGGUAGUCGCACACUUUUACCGGUAGAUGCAGAUACCUUUUCGUCCUUGAAUCAUGUAGAAACGUUUUUUUUGCUGCGGGAUAGGCUCUUGGGUACGGUUUUGAUCGGCAGAUCUAUGGUUUGCAUAUGUACAUAGCCCCAAAAAGCCCCCAUCAUAAAUACAUCCCCCCCUCCUCCCGUCCCCCACACCAUUCACAACUUCAAAUGCUGCAACCGUUUCCGCUCAAUCACCU